AUGGCAGUGAAUGCUCAGGACAAUGAGGAUCACGUUCCUCUGCAUUUCUGCUGUCGAUUUGGACACCAUGAAAUUGUAAAGUUCUUACUCCAGAGCAGCUUCGAAGUUCAACCCCAUGUGGUGAAUAUCUAUGGAGACACACCUUUACAUCUUGCGUGUUACAGUGGAAAGUUUGAAGUUGUCAAGGAAAUAAUUCAGCUCUCAGGAACAGAAAGUCUCACUAAAGAAAAUAUAUUCAGUGAAACGGCUUUCCACAGUGCUUGCACCUACGGAAAGAACAUAGAACUUGUAAAAUUUCUUCUUGACCAGAAUGUUGUAAGCAUCAAUCACCAGGGAAGAGAUGGACAUACAGGAUUACACUGUGCUUGCUACCAUGGUCAUAUUCGACUUGUACAGUUUUUACUGGAUAAUGGAGCUGAUAUGAAUCUGGUAGCUUGUGAUCCCAGCAGGUCCAGUGGAGAAAAGGAUGAGCAAACCUGUUUGAUGUGGGCUUAUGAGAAAGGUCAUGAUGCCAUUGUGACCCUUCUGAAGCAUUAUAAGAGACCUCAAGACGAAUCACCCUGUAAUGAAUACUCACAACCUGGAGGAGAUGGUUCCUAUGUGUCAGUCCCAUCCCCUCUAGGAAAGAUUAAAAGCAUGACUAAAGAAAAGGCAGAUGUUCUCCUCCUCCGUGCUGGUUUGCCAUCACAUUUCCAUCUUCAGCUCUCUGAAAUAGAGUUCCAUGAGAUUAUCGGCUCGGGGUCUUUUGGAAAAGUAUAUAAGGGACGAUGCAGAAAUAAAAUUGUCGCAAUCAAACGCUAUCGAGCCAAUACCUACUGCUCCAAAUCUGACGUGGACAUGUUCUGUCGUGAAGUUUCUAUUCUCUGCCGAUUGAAUCAUCCAUGUGUCAUCCAGUUUGUGGGAGCUUGCUUAGAUGACCCAAGUCAGUUUGCUAUAGUCACUCAGUAUAUUUCUGGAGGAUCGCUCUUCUCCCUGCUUCAUGAACAGAAGAGAACUCUUGAUCUGCAGUCUAAAUUAAUCAUUGCUGUAGAUGUUGCCAAAGGCAUGGAGUACCUCCACAAUCUUACACAACCAAUCAUACAUCGUGAUUUGAACAGGUAAGUUUCUUUCUUUA